GUCCUGUCCUCCUCCCCUCUACCGCGCGAGUCCGACUCCUUUCUCGAGGGCGUUGGCACUUAGCAGGCGGCGGCUGCUGCUGCGGCGGCGCAGGGCGGCGGCGGUGCAGAGCGGCGGCGCACGGCUGAGGCGGCGGCGUAGUCGGCGCUCUCCUUCCCUGCUUCUUCCCUCCUUUUUCCUCCCAACCCCGACUCCCGGCGACCGAGGGCUGCAGCUGAGGGCGGCGCGCGGAGGCGGAGGCGGCGGGCGCACGGCUGCGGAGGCUGCUGAGGACGAGCGCGACAACGGAGGCUGCGCGCGGCGGAGGCUGACGGCGGUGAAAGGCACAUGCUCAUUUAUCUAGACUGUAUCUUGGUUAUAACCCCUUCCUCAAAGCAUUUAUCCAGGACUUCCCUAAGCUUAUCAAGACUGAUCUAUCUGUUCCUACAGAGGAGGUCCAUUUGCAGCUAUCAUUUGUAUGGAUAAGACAACUACUUCUGAUCUUGUUUUGGACAACGACAACAUUGGGAGUAAUGCUGGUUCUGCACAGGAGCCUCUUACUACCAAUGGUAAGACUAGUGGGGUCAGAAAUAGAUACAAACAAACUGUUAAAAGGGGAAGGAAAGGCUCCCAAAUAUCACCAAGUAAAACAUAUCCCCUGAGAUCUUCACAUAGUAAUGUCAGGGUGCUUCGCUCUGCCUCAAAAAAGAAGAAUGAGACACCUAUUGUGCCCACAAAUGAUAAUACUGCUGUUCAACGAGUUGCGAAGAAAAGGAAAAGAAGCAAACCCUUGAGACCUGCACCUAGCAGGGUGCUUCGCUCUACCUCGGAAAAGAAGAAUAAGGCACAUAAUGAGCUUCUAAAUGAUGGUGCUGGUGUUCAACCAGCCGAAAAGAAAAGAAAGGUAGGCAGACCCCCAAAAGGAGGAACUCCCAAGGACGAUUACCUCAUGAUCCGAAAGCGAGUUAGAUAUGUUUUGAAUCGAAUGAACUAUGAACAAAGUUUAAUUCAAGCCUAUGCCAGUGAAGGUUGGAAAGGUCAAAGCUUGGAAAAAAUAAGACCUGAGAAGGAGCUUGAACGAGCCAAGGUGGAAAUUCUGCGAUGCAAGUCAAGAAUACGGGAAGCUUUUCGGAAUUUGGAUUCCCUCCUAUCUGAGGGAAAGCUGGAUGAAUCUAUGUUUGAUUCUGCUGGAGAAAUAUCUAGUGAAGAUAUUUUCUGUGCUGCAUGUGGUUCAAAGGAUGUUACAUUAAAAAAUGACAUAAUUCUUUGUGAUGGAAUCUGCGACAGAGGGUUCCACCAGUAUUGUUUAAACCCUCCUUUGCUUGCUGAAGAUAUUCCACAGGGGGAUGAAGGAUGGCUUUGCCCUGCAUGUGAUUGCAAAAUUGACUGCAUAGAUGUAUUAAAUGAACUCCAAGGGGUCAAACUCUCUAUCCAUGACUCUUGGGAGAAAGUUUUUCCUGAGGCAGCAUCCUUUUUGAAUGGUUCUAAGCAAAUUGAUGCGUCCGAUCUUCCAUCAGAUGAUUCAGCAGACAAUGAUUAUGACCCUACUUUGGCUCAAGGGCACAAGGUGGAUGAAGAAAAAUCUUCUGGAGAAGAUGGUGGUGAAGGAUUAGAUUCUGAUGACUCAUCUUCUGAGGAUUCUGAAUCUUCUGAGAAGGAAAAGUCUAAAACUUCACAGAAUGGAAGGACAGUUGAUGAUCUUGGUUUGCCUUCUGAGGAUUCAGAGGAUGGUGACUUUGAUCCAGCAGGUCCAGAUUCCGACAAAGAACAAAAUGAUGAAUCAAACUCAGAUCAGUCAGAUGAAUCAGAUUUUACAUCUGACUCUGAUGAUUUUUGUGCUGAGAUUGCUAAAUCCUGUGGUCAGGAUGAAAUCUCAGGCCCUUCAUCAUCACAAAUCAGAACAGUCGAUCGCACCGAUGGAAGUGGUUUUGAUGGUGAGCCUAAUGCAGAAAAUUCGAAUCUUGCAUUUAUGGAGACAGAGCUAGAGCAAGACAUGGUGCUACCAAUUUCUAGUAAACGACAAGUUGAACGUUUGGAUUACAAAAAACUGUAUAAUGAGGCUUAUGGUAAAGCAUCAUCUGAUUCAAGUGACGAUGAAGAGUGGUAUGGAAAUAGUACACCCGAAAAAGGUAAUUUAGAAGACAGUGAAACAGAUUCGCUUGCUGAAUCACCUCAGGGUGGAAAAGGAUUCUCUAGAAGAGCACCAGUUAGGUACCAUAAUAAUGAACAUACUCCACAGAAUGUAAGGCCCGGUGGUUCAGUAAGCGACCAGCAAACUGAAGUACUUUGCUCCAAUAGCAAUGGUAGCACAGCCAAAAACAGACAUUUUGGUCCUGCAAUUAAUCAGAAACUGAAGGCACAUUUCAAGGAAGAUCCAUACCCUAGUCGUGCAACAAAAGAAAAUCUGGCACAAGAGUUAGGCCUCACAUUUAAUCAGGUCACUAAAUGGUUUUCCAGUACUCGUCAUUACGCAAGAGUGGCAGCCACAAAAAAGGAGAACAACAUUGAAAAUCAUACGGCUGAGAAUAAUAACAAUACCAACACUGUUGAUAGCAUACAACUGAGAGGAUCCAAUGAUAUUGUUAGUGUAGAUAGAAAUGAUAUGGUCUCCGAGGAAAGGACAGGACAAAGUAAUCUCAAUGAAGGUACUCCAUUAAGAUCAGAUACCAGCUGUGGGCAGAGUGUGGCUGUGACUCCUAUGGUACACCCAGAAAACCAGGGCAAUGAUUCCUCAAGUAAUGUUAGAACACCAAAUGCUAAGUCUGCGGAGAAAUUGAUCCCUGGACUGGAAAAUUCAGAUGAGGCUAGGCGAAAGGCGGUACAACGGGAACUGAGAAAGAUGAAGACUGGCAGGUGAAACUCCCUAGUGUUCGAGUUAUUUGACCAGAUGUGCAGAGAAGCAAGUUUUUGUAUGCUGCCUAGAUUGCUUUUAAUCAGAUGUGCAGAGAAGCAAAGAUUUUUUUUCCUUCUUGUUUGUGGUCGCAAAAAAGCCUGAUUGUUGUAGCUGCUAUGUUUGUUCCCUUUGGCUGUCCAUCCAGAAUUUCUGAUAAGAUGACACUUGGAAGCACAUCCUGCAGCACUCCAGUUACAGGAAUGGGUUCAGUUGACUGUAACAGUUUAGCAUAGUCCGUAGUGGACAGUAGCUGUGUUGUUUGUCGUGCCCUGUAGUCCUGUACUACCUUGAAUUAGGACUGCUAAGUGAACCGAUACAAGUACUUGUGACUGAAAUCUAUACCUCUUUUUUUCUUUCCACCUUGGGAAUUUGUAGAACAAAACCGAUGUCUGAUGAUAUGCUAUCUAGGAAUAGCAACUGUUGUAUUUUUGUUCCUGUUUAGGGAGAUUUAGAUUCUGAUGAGCAGUUGGUUGGUAGCUAGCUUUUAAGAAUUUGAAAAGGCUGGGUUUCCUAGUUUUUAGCUUCUA